UGAUAUAUAGUACAUUAGAAAUACGUACUUUAAAGAUUAAAUAUAAUUUAAUAUGAAAUCGCGCAGUUCGUCGACUUAAUCGGGUAUUUCUCUCUUCGAACACCUCACACAGGCAAGAAGAUGUAUUCCUACAUGGAACAGGCAGUAGCUGUACUUCACGCUCAGAACCAACUUCUGUCCCGUCAUCCAAAUGCCAAUCUCUAUGCAAACUUGGCUCAAUUUGUUGAGCUUGAUGGUUAUUACUUAGAAAGCGAGCCCUGCCUUGUGUGCAACAAUCCUGAAGUUCCAAUGAGUACCAUUAAACUAUCUUCCAUCAAAGUUGAUUCCAAAUUUACCACGACUACGCAAAUUAUUAAGCUCGUUGGCAGCCACACUAUCAGCCGUAUAACCCUUCGUAUUGGAGAUCUAAAGCGUACGAAAAUGGUUCGCUCUAUCAAUGUAUUUUACAACAACAGGACAGUUCAAGCUGUUGUAGAAUUAAAGAACAAACCAGCCAUGUGGCACAAGGCCAAGAAGGUAACCUUGGUUCAGGGCCAAACCGAAGUAAAGAUGGAAUUCCCAUUACCGAUUGUUGCGUGCAACCUUAUGAUCGAGUAUUCCGAUUUUUACGAGAACAUCCAAGCUUCGUCAGAGACUCUACAGUGUCCUCGUUGUUCGGCCAGCGUGCCUGCUAAUCCAGGAGUCUGCGCCAAUUGUGGUGAGAACGUGUUCCAGUGCCACAAGUGUCGAGCCAUCAAUUACGACGAAAAAGAUCCGUUCCUUUGCCAUGCUUGCGGAUUCUGCAAGUAUGCUAAGUUCGACUACACGCUCACCGGUAGACCUUGUUGCGCCGUGGACCCGAUAGAGAGUGAUGAGGAUAGAAAGAAGACUGUUGUCACAAUUAACACUUUGCUAGAGAAGGCUGAUAGAGUUUACAAGACUCUGAUAGCAAAUAAGCCUACACUAGAAAUGUUACUGGUGAAAAUAUCGGAACAUCGAUUGGACAGAUCAUUGGAUGAUGGUGUCACAACCCAAACAACCACUGGCAGCACGCAGGUUAACCGCGCCAUACAGCUGCUUGCCCAAAAAUACUGUGGUGAAUGUAAGAUAUCAUUCGAAGAACUAAGUAAGAUCAUACAACGUGUGCUGGCCUGCAGACGCGAGCUUGUUGCAUACGAUAGAAAUCAACGGGGACAAGGUACCAUACAGUAUCAACGUGCAAGCUGCGUCAGCGAUUGUACAGAGAAAAACACAUCUCCAGCCAAUCCACCAGUUGGAAGGUGUUACGGUUGUGCUUCGUCCGCUACCGAGCACUGCCUCACGCUGCUUCGAGCACUAGCGACCAACAGUGCGGCCAGGGAAGUUUUAUGCAAGCAGGGACUGAUUCAAGAGUUGGUAGAGCACAAUUUGAGGAGAGGUACAAUUCAAGUACAGGAGGAAGUGAGGCAGUUGCUUUGCCUGGUUACUCGAGACAACGCACAGUCUACGAAAGAGUUGUGCUCGCUGUUAACGAACAGGGUAACGAUGACGUUGAGGGGCAGAGUCGUAACGUCCGACCUGUCCACUGCCGUGAGACAUGAAAUGGCUUUACUUGGAGCUCUUAUACAGAAGGAAGAUACUUGCUGGGAACAGAAAUUAAGAUGUGUGAUGCAACUUUUCUUGAUGGCCUGCAAAGAUUCAAAGAGUCCGGUUGUCAUGGAAAGUAUUAUACUGCCUUGUUUGAAGAUUCUACAGAGUCUGUUAAAACCUGAACAACCAAUCUCAAAGAAGAAUAAGGAUAAAACAAUCGAUUCAUUAGCAACGGUUCAACCACCUGAUGGUGUAAGUAUCGACUUGGCAAAGUGGUUAGAUGGAGAUUCAAAAUACUCUUAUGCAGAGUGGUUACAACGAAUGCCAGGAAAGAAGUCUGACUCUCAUCAAAAUAAGCCAUUGAAAAAGGAAGAAGCCCGCAUUCUCUAUUUAAGCGAAAAGUUAGGCGAUGAUAUUUGAAAAUGUGGAAUUUACUGACCAACGAUGCGCCUUGAUCAAAGUGAUAUAUAGUACAUUAGAAAUACGUACUUUAAAGAUUAAAUAUAAUUUAAUAUGAAAUCGAUGAAACGUAGAGCGACGUUUACCUACUUAACUGACUUGAUAGAAUACUACGACACAGUGAACACACAAAGUAUAUCUUCAAAAAUGAGUUGGUCAAAACUAUGUAUUAAAAGUCGAAUCUUAUGAGAAAAGCAACAGUCAAUCAAACGAUAAAAACAUUUACAUGCUUGAAACAGCUGUAGUCGACUCCGCUUUUCCUAUUCUGUUCUUCUGCUAUGGGGCAAACGACACGAUGCCGCACCGGUCGACGUCGCGGCACUUUUGCCUCCUCUGCGUUUUCUCGUCGGCGACGCAGCGCUAAGCUUUCGGGCUAUUUUUGAAGAAUCUAUUUCGGCUCGGCCUGAUGUCUUCGUCUCUCUUGCUGCUUAUGUGUUCGUAGAACUUCAAUUAUUCCACCUUAAGGAGGUGAUACAAUUCUUCUUUUAUUUUUAAGCAAUUUGACAUUUUCACUUCAUUGCUGUAUUUACCCACCAUAGUUUGAAAUUCGAAUAUGCGCAUCAUCAUCGGCAACAUCGACAGCAGUAUAACAGCAGUAAAUAACGGCUUGAUCGGCCUAGAGAUCUUUUAUUGACUUAUUGUUGAUCAGAUAAUAGUCGGGUAAACAUAAGAGAAUAAUUUUUUGUUCGUAUAAAAGUAUUUCUUAGAAUAUACUAUACAACAAUUGAAUAGAUUUAAAUUCAAGAAGAGUUAGGGAUACUCAAAGAUUACACCUUUUUUCUUUAAAAUUAUAUUUAUUUAAUAAUACUCACAUCAAAUACUUCUGCAUUUUUACAGUACUUACAACAAACACUACAUAAUAAGCCUACCAAAAACGUUGGAAUCCGUUAACUAUUUUUUAACAUAUAAAUAUAAUGUUUCAUAAUUUCAAUAAUCUUAAAAUUCGAAACGAUACAUUGAAUGCAAUUUUCGUUUUAGGUAAAAAAAGUAAAAAGCGUACGCUCACUUUAUUAUGCCGGAGUUUAACGAUCUCAUCGUAGGAUUACACAAUAAAAGUAUACGUUGUUUAAGAGUGAUUGUUAUUUUUGGCAUAUUUGGCAGAAGUUUGCGCAAAGUUAAUUAUCGAAGCAGAAGACAAUUAUAAAACUCGUAAGCUAUAUUCUAUAUCUAAUGUAUACUUAUACACUCUUACAAAUAUAAAUAAUAUAUUAUAUAUGUAACACAAACUAGUCUACACAAAAGACAUACAAUAAAAUCUCAAAAUAAUUUUUUCUCUUUUUUUCGAAACUUUGUACGAUUCCGUGAUUGAUAUAUAUGUACACAAGUAGACCCGCUACCGAAAUCGUUGAUGAUCUCUUUACAAAUUUUACAUUUUGAGUCGGUUUGUCGAGGAAGAAUUUACUGUUGUGAUGGUCGGAUAAAAA